GACGCUGGUGAGAAGCUGAGGAGUCACUGGGCUGAAGGCUGAGGAGAAGGGUACAGUGAGGAGUUAUGAGGGUGGGAGCUGCAGCCUUGUCUGGGGGGAUAUUUGGGGCAGUUGGGACCCUGUGUUUUCUCUUGGCUUUUGGUACAGAUUACUGGUUGGUGGCCAGUGACAACUGUGGACCGUUUACAUGGUCAAUACAUCCAACCAUGGCUGAUGAGAAAGGUGUCAAUGGCACAGAGCUGGAAGAGGAACCAGCGACAGCUUUGCCACCUCCUCUCACUCUGCACCACGAGGGCUUCUUCUGGCGCUGUGUGUUUCAGGUGGAGCCCACAGCACACGCAGUGGUGGCCACUCUCUUCACAAACCAGCCUCAAUCCAAAGUGUGCAUCCAUGGUUACCUUUUCCCGCUGCCUGUUACUGUUGGGCAGGUGCCUCAUCCAAACUAUGACACUACAGCAGUCUUUCGUGGUUUCUGGACCUUGCUGAUUAUACUUGGGCUGGUCUCGGCUCUGACUGGAGGCUUUGUCUUGCUCUGUGGUGUCCCAUUCCGGAGCCACAGAUUCUACAGGCUGGGUGGGAUUUUCCUCAUCGUCGCUGCCUGCCUAUUCCUCUUCAUGCUGCUACUCUACGUCCUGUGGAUGGAGGUGGUGGACGUGAAGCGUUACGUCCUCCAGGAGAGGAGCGAGGACUGUCCAGAUGCCCAGGUUUCAGUGCUCUAUGGGCUGUCAUUCAUGGCGGCAGCUGCUGGCGUGCCUCUGGAGCUGCUUUCUGGGUUGGUCUUCAUGCUGGUGGGCUAUGUGCUACGUUCAAGAAAGUGAGCCGACCAUCUGGCCCCUAGGAGAUAAGAGGACUGACAUUUUCAAUGAGAUGUUUCAGCACAUUUCUUGGAAGGAAAUAACUGAUUUGAUGUGACCAAUAUGAUGCUAUCACAGUAUGACAGAAUCUAUGUAAUUAACAUAUAGAUAUGACACAGAACCUAAUGCAUGAUGUGCCUGCUGUAAAGAUCUUUUUUUCACACAUAUACAACACUGUGUAAUUACAAACUUUUCUUUAUCUCUAUUGCAUUCAGCUUUAUUCAUUUUGCAAAUGAUAUGUUCAGGGAACCCAGAAAAUGGUCCUGGUGUUGGCAUCAGUUCAAAGAAGGCUGAGUGCAGCAGAUUUGAAAAGGAGGGAUGAAUGGAUGAAUGGACUGCAGACUGAACUGAUAGGUUUGGAUUUGGGUGGGAGGUUGGGCGGUAUAGAGUGAGAGCGAACUGAUGCAUGUCGGAGGGCACAAGGGAUCUAUGAGAAGUGAACAGCUGUUUAUGGGAUUGGUUGCCUCCUGCACCCCAACCGCUCACCACCACUCAGUCCUUCAUUCAGUCUUUUGUGCUUAUUUCUUUUUCCUCUCACGUUAUGUCUUUCUGUUCUGACCUACAGUGUGUCAGUGAGCAAAAUAGCAUGAAAAUGGCCUUUAUUAAAUGGGGUUUACCCAAUACUUCAACUUGUUUUUGC